UCUCUCUCUCUCUCUCUCACUCUCUCUCUCUCUCUCUCUCUCCAUCAGUCCUUCCUUUUUCUUUUCAGUUUAUCAUCAUGGAGAACGAGUCGGUGAUCUUCUGGGAUGGGCAGGGCAGCUCCCAGAAUACAAUCUGAAACUCUGAGACCUCUCUCUCUGCUGCAGGAUUACUACACAUUACGUACAGUUAUACUACAGAAAAUACUCCGCCGUUGACUGUAAAAGUACUCCGUCUACCGCGGACUCGGCUCGUCCUACGACAGGAACUACAACACCUUCUGAAACUACUUCAUCUGCAGCAGAAAGUCCCACAAUCUGCUCCCACUCACAGGAUUACAACGAUCCAAUCCAAAACCCAACCAGAGAGAGAGAGAACCUGGCACCUCAGGCCCAACCAGAACCAGAACCAGAAGCCAGAACCAGAAGCCAGAACCAGAAGCCAGAACCAGACCGAACCAGUACCGGACCAGUAAGCCAGUCGGACUCUGUAGAGCGGAUCGGACCGGGCCAAGAAAGACCAAAAGAGACCAGUAGAAAUCAGUAAAGGCCAUUGGAAAAGUUUGAUGGGACUGCUGACGAUAGCCACAUGCCUCUGAGGUCCGGCUGCUGACACCAAACAUGAUCGCCCGCGGCAACAGGCGGUUACUAACGGCAACCCGACAGGCUCUGCUGUUGCCAGGGACGACGACGCGGAUGACACGCCCCCCUGGAAACAGCAUCGUCGUCCGCAUCGGCAUCCCCGACCUGCAGCAGACGAAGUGUUUGCGGUUGGACCCAGAGUUACCAGUUUGGACCAGUAAGCAGAGGGUUCUGGUGACGUUGACUCAGUCUCUGUCGGAUGUUUUGAACUAUGGUCUCUUCCAGCCGGCGUUCAACGGCCGAGCCGGAAAGUUUCUGGACGAGGAGCGUCUGCUGAAGGAGUAUCCUCUCCCUCCCAUCACGCCCAUCCCAUACCUGGAGUUUCGUUACAAGAGGAGAGUUUACACACAGAGCUACGUGGACGACAAGCAGCUGGCCAAGCUGCACACCAAGGCCAACCUGAAGCGCUUUAUGGAACAUGUUCACCAGAAGAAUGUGGAGAAGGUUUCCAAAUGGUUGGAAAAGGGCCUGGACCCCAACUUCCACGACUCCGACACCGGGGAGUGUCCUCUGACUCUGGCGGUCCAGCUGGAGGAGAGCUGCGACCUGAUUAAAGUCCUGCGCAGCGGAGGAGCUCACCUGGACUUCAGGACCAGAGACGGGAUCACCGCUCUGCACCGGGCCGUCCUCUGCAGGAACAGCGCCUCGCUCACCACUCUGCUGGACCUCGGAGCGUCUCCGGACUACAAGGACAGCCGGGGCCUCACUCCUCUGUAUCACUCCGCCAUGGUGGGCGGCGCCCCCUACUGCUGCGAGCUGCUGCUGCAGGACCACGCCACCAUCGGGAUGACUGAUGAGAACGGGUGGCAGGAAAUCCACCAGGCAUGUCGCUAUGGUAACGUGCAGCACUUGGAGCACCUGCUGUUCUACGGCGCCGACAUGAGUUCCCAGAAUGCAUCGGGAAACACCGCACUGCACCUCUGUGCUCUCUACAACCAGGACAGCUGUGCCAGAGUUCUGCUGUUCAGAGGAGCAAAUAAAGACGUUAAAAACUACAACAACCAGACUGCCUUCCAGGUGGCAAUAAUUGCUGGCAACUUUGAUCUUGCAGAAAUCAUUAAGAUCCACAAAACCUCUGACGUUGUUCCCUUCAGAGAAACUCCAUCCUACACCAAGCGCCGCAGGGCCGGCGCCCCGAGGUCGUCGGCAGGAAACGGCCUGUCGUCUCCUCGCUCUCUGAUUCGCUCAGCCAGCGACAACGUUCUGGAGAGCCCCGCCUCCUCUCCUGGCCCCUCCCUCCAAAGCCUGGAAACACACCACGACACACACACACACUCGCUACGACGACACACACGCCGACUCAGCCCCAGUGGUGGUGGAGGUCAUGUGGAGACCAGCCCCCCCUCCUCCCCUCCCCUGACCCCCUCGAUGAGGAAGAGGAGGCUGUACAGCGCCGUACCAGGACGCACCUUCAUUGCCACCCGGUCCCACGUCCCCCAGGGGACCGGAGAGAUCCAGCUGCACCGUGGAGAGAGGGUCAAAGUUCUGUCCAUCGGUGAGGGCGGGUUCUGGGAGGGUUCUGUUAAAGGAAGAACCGGUUGGUUUCCUGCUGAUUGUGUUGAAGAAGUCCAGAUGAGACAAUACGACCCACGGACGGAGACGAGGGAGGACCGCACCAAGAGACUGUUCAGACAUUACACUGUGGGGUCCUAUGACAACUACACCUCCUACAGUGACUAUGUGAUCGAGGAGAAGACGGCCGUGUUGCAGAAGAGAGAGAGCGAAGGAUUUGGAUUCGUCCUCAGAGGCGCCAAAGCUGAGACCCCCAUCGAGGAGUUCGCUCCGACCCCGGCGUUCCCGGCGCUCCAGUACCUGGAAUCAGUGGACCAGGGGGGCGUGGCCUGGAGGGCGGGGCUCCGGACCGGAGACUUCCUCAUAGAGGUGAACGGGGCUGACGUGGUGAAGGUGGGUCACCGGCAGGUCGUCUCUCUGAUCCGUCAGGGCGGCAGCCGCCUGCUGAUGAAGGUUGUCUCUGUGUCCAGGAAGUCUGAGUCCAAUCUGAUCAGGAAGAAAGCUCCGCCUCCUCCGAAGCGAGCCCCCAGCACCUCACUGACACUCCGAUCCAAGUCCAUGACCGCCGACCUGGAGGACAUAGCCAGGAGGAGACGCUAUGAGAAACUGGAUGAGAUGUUGGCUGGAGGUCAACAGGAAGUGGUUCUCCGAGCUCGACCGGCGGACGACUUCAGAGCGGCGACGGUGAAACAGAGACCGACCAGCCGAAGGAUCACACAGGCCGAGAUCAACUCUCUGUUUGAGCGUCAAGGUCUGGUGCCGCCUUCAGCGCCAGAGAAAAGCACCAUGGCUUUACCCCGAGGGAUGUCCAGGACCAAGAGCUUCGGCACGCCAGAUGACGACCGGAUCUCGGCGCUGAUCAACGAGAGUCGGUUUCCACGGAGCUCCUCUCUGACGGACAGCUUCAUCCCGCCUCCUCCUCAGACGGCUCCGCCCCCUCCUCCCUCCGCCUCCGCCGCCACCUCCCCGCUCUUCCUGCUGGACUCCGGCCCCCCUCCGUCCUUCCUCCCCCCUCCCCCUCCGUCCAGAGGGGAGGGGCUGACCCGCUCCAGCUUCAAGCCGGGGGCGGAGCCGAGGCUGCAGGAGCUCUCCGAUUCGCCGACGAGGAGCCACGCCCACGCGGAGCGGCAGAGGAAGGCUCGGUCGAUGAUCAUUCUGCAGGACACGCCGCCGCAGCUGCCGCCCGACGCGCACGCCGCCGCCGCGCACGCCGCCGCCACGCACGCGCUGCACACCGCCACGCACACCGCCACGCACACGCUUCACACCGCCACACACACCUCCACACUGUCCCUCCACAGCACCAGCCCUGCCCUCGGACACUCGCCGCUGUCACGCCGCCGGGGACGACCAAUAGAAAACCCUUAUGCUAACGUGGGACAGCAGGCCCCGCCCUCCAAGCCGCAGAGGAGGAAGUCACCUCUGCUGAAACAACUUCCUGUCGAGGAGCAGGGGAUCAAAGAUCAGGACUUGUUGAAAGUGGAUGGUGGACCCAGCAGCCCCAGCAGGGCGGAGCUCUACCAGCAGCAGGUCCUCUCGGAGCGCGCUCGGGUUCAGGGUCGCAGGUCGUCUCUCUUCCUGUCUGUGGAGGGAGCCGGGUCAGAAAACCAGGUGCCUCUCCUGACUCAGAGCCAUUCGAUGGAUGACCUCGGCGAGCUUCCCCCUCCAGCCCCGGUCCUGUCGCCCUCACCAACGCCUCACACCUUCCUCCACCCACUGACGGGGAAACCUCUAGACCCCUCAUCUCCACUCGCCCUGGCUCUUGCUGCACGAGAACGAGCGCUCACUGCUCGUACGCCGAGCCCAGAGCCUCGACUAAAGCACAUAUCUGCCUCCACCACACCCAUCCCCACCCCAGCUGCCAGCCCCGAGGGCCGACACAAGCGCACCCCUGCCACCACCCCGCAGAGCAGCCCCGAGCCACGGUCCAAACGCACCACCCCUCAGACAAGCCCCGAGCAGCGAACCAAGCGCACCACUCCCCAGACUAGUCCCGAGCUGAGGCAUAAACGCAUAACCCCGCCCUUAUUCCCUGACGGACAGGUGGAGCGUCCAGAAACAGAGGGGGGAGUGACAUCACCUGCCGGCCCCUCUCCUGAGCGCUGGAGACCCACCCCCUUACCAACACUGGCCAAUGAGAGUCACGCUGCUCUGAUUGACAGGCGCAGAAGCCUCACAGUGGGCAGCUCAGAGGAAGAGGGCGGGGCUUACACAGUUACACUCCCACCAGCGCUGUUGUCCUCCAGUGAUGAGGAGACUCGGGAAGAGCUCCGCAGAAUCGGACUGGUAACACCACCUGCUGCCUUCGCCAGUCCUCCCGCCCCUCCUCCCCCAUCCUCCCUCACCUUGUUGCCACGGCGAGGUGGGGAGGGUGGGGGAGAAAGUGGUCCUGACUCUUUGGGUAGACGAGGAGAUGAGGAAGGAGGUGACGAACGGCUCCAUGACAGCUCCUCCUCCCCCAGCUCACUCCCUCCCUCUAUCACCUUGGCUUCUCCUCCUGCUCCUACCUCCCCCUCCUCCCCUACUGCCACUCACCCUUCCCCCUCCUCACCCACACCCUCCACCUCCCCGUCUGGUCUCAAGCCACGCCUUCGUUCCCCUAUAGGUCGGGGGCGCUCUGCGCUCCGGGACCCGCUGCUGAAGCAAUCGUCAGACAGUGAGCUACUCCCGUCUGCUGCAUCCUUCUCCUCCCCCUCCUCCCCACUCUGCUCCUCCCCUACAGGUGGCGGUGGACGGCAGCCACGCUAUUUGUUCCAAAGGAGGUCAAAGCUGUGGGGGGGAGGGGACGACCGCGACGAUCGGCGUGGCUUCAGCCCGGACGACGUUGGACGUCCGGCAGCACUGGGAGGUCAGGGGUCGGGGUCAGCCGUGGAUCUGAGCAGCCGGUCGGCUUCAGCGCUGGAGCUGAGCGGCAGGGCGGGCUCUGGACUGGAUCUGGCUAAUCGGCUACAGCUGCUCAACAAAGACAGUCAUUCUCUGGGGGAGGAGCCAAGUCCCCUCGAUCCUGGCCGGAGAUCACCUGUAGGAGGUGCCAGAUGUGUGGACAAUGGAGAGAGUAAAUCGUUGUUUUCCAGCCUUGGCGAACUCCACACUAUCUCCCAGCGAGGAUACGGUGCCAGCUAUACAGUCCGACCUGGGAGCCGCUACCCUGUCACCCGCCGGAGCCCCUCCCCCUCUCCCUCCCCAUCUGAUAGGUCAAUAGGGCUCACCUCCUCCACCGCCCCCUGUGCUGAAAGGCCAGAUCUGAGCUCGGGUCGCGGUCUAACCAUCCUGAAGUCGUCCAGUCUGAGUCUCCCCUCAGAACCAAAGGAGGUUCGGUUUGUGAUGCGAAGCGCCAGCGCAAGAACCAGGUCCCGUUCCCCCUCACCUUCACCCCACGCCUCCCCCUGCCCGUCCCCGGUCCUCAGCGGGCCCCUGUUGGCCCUUCGGCCAUGGAGGCAGCGGCCCCUCAACUUAUGGAAUAAAUAUGACGUGGGUGACUGGCUGGAGAGCGUGGGCCUGGCCGAACACCGCCAGCGCUUCCAGGAGCACGAGAUCGAAGGCUCGCAUCUCCCCGCCCUCACCAAGGAGGACUACGUGGAGCUGGGCGUCACCAGACUGGGACACCGAAUCAACAUCGAGAGGGCACUCAGACAGCUGCUGGAUGGUUCUACUUGACCCCUCACCUCUGACCACUAACCUCUAGACAUCCUGAACUGUGACCUCAUAACCCCUGACCUCUGGUCAGACACUAGGCCAUCUCUUUGACUAGGAUAUCUUAGCAGAGACUGAAUCUUUAGUCCUUUUUACCAACAUGGAGCCCAGCUCUCUGAGUGAUCUCGCUGACAUUUUGGCAUAUCAGCUCUUUGAUCAACCUAAACAGACUGGUAGCACCAAGAACUGUGUCCAGACUUCCAACAUUUAGUUUGACCUUUCUAAUGUCCAGUGGCUCUAAAAAGACAAUAACUUUAAACUAAUUAAACUGAGCAACAUCCUGGUUGCUCUGUAAUUCAAAGCAUUUUGGUGGAGCUUUCUUACAAAAGUGCCAGUCAAACAAUGCACAGAACAUGGCCAUCAUCUCCAAUAUGCUUCAGCUGCAGGAACCAUAACAGCGUGCACUAUAAUUUUCCAUUAGAUUUUGUAGCCUCAGUUCUAAUACAUUAACCUCAAAAUGCAAAAUCCACAAGACAGAAGUUAAUUUCUGUCACUGACGGGAGAUUUAAGCUAAGGUGGCACCAAUUUAUAUCAGAGAACAUUUUCAUGUUCUUAUCUUAACUCUCUUAUCUCAUAAUUUGCAAAGGUUAUUCAAACUCAACUUUAUUACUUCAAGAUUUGAGUUUGUUCCCAAGAGAAAAUUCAAAAUACAAUCCACUGUUUUUGCAUGAGGCCCAAUAUUCUCAUAUCACACUGUGUUGCAAAAACAUUUCACAUUGCGUUUCUGUUCCAAAACCAACCCAAGGAAUGAUACCGUUUGUAUAACCCCAAGGAUGAAGCUGACGCUGAGGUCUGAGAAUGUCUGACAAUUUCUUAAACUCUUGACAUGCAACUCUAAAGACAAACACUUAAUCCACAUGCGUCAAUCUCUUUGUUGUACAGAGCUGAUGAUGCACUAUGGCUCGCCAAAUUCUUGUUCUUUUCAAUAUACAAGAAUGCAGAAAUGUUCUGAGAGGCUGCACUUUUGAAAAACCUUGUGGCCUCAUCCAAUUCCUGUGCAGCAUUCACAUCAUAUUAUUCAAACCUUAGGAGAAAAAAACAGUUCAGAUAAGUGUUACAGAUGUAAUUCUGAGUCAGAGAUGAGAGAAAUUCACAGGAGCAUUUCCUAAAUUAGCAUCCCUACGUCUUCACACCUAAACAUAACAGUCGCUGUUUUUUUUACAUGCCGUUAACGUCAUGAAACGGACACAGUUUGGGUAUUUUUAGUGUUGUACUCCAUGGAAAUUUUGUUACAUAACUACAAAUUAACACUAACAUCAGUCUCCUGUGUUUGUUUGAACCAUGCUCUGCCCUUCCCGCCCUGCCUAAGUGGACUUUGUUGUUCUUUAUAUUCCAUAUAAUUGCCACCGUCUUUGCUUUUACACACCGUAACGUCACUUCCGCUUUGGCAUUUAUCAUAAUUACUACAGCCACUAGAGAGAGGGUGGAGUUAACUAUAAAUAUGUGUCGUAAUAAGCUACUGAACAAACGGCACAUGGGGGAAGGACGGCCUCCAAAAUAUUAACUUUAAUAUCAUAAAAGACGUACAAAACAAGCAAACUUUGAUAUUUGAGAAGCUGUGAGCAGUGUUUUUUUGGCAUUUUUUGCCAUUAAUCAGCUAUUAAAAUUCUAUAUUUUUCCUCCUCAAUCAACUCGCUGACCAAUUGACACACUGUUUCAGCUCUAAUCCAACAUUUUUAUCUUAUUUUACUUUAAUUUGUGUCAUUCUACAAGAUUCUACCAGAUACCGGAAGCUUAGAGUUACCAACAGUUACUAAAUAUUUUCAAAUACUGACAUUACACGGCUGCUAAACAGAGAUUGUUUUCUAUAUGAAAAAACAGAUGAAUAUCUCAUUAUUGACUAACUAACCACCACACAGUGUUCUACAGCAUUAACUCCUGAGCUGGACACAGAGCUGUGCUGCUAAUAUAACAGUUAACAUUUAUCAAAGAGCUGAUCUGACAAACUGAAUACAAAUAUAAUGAGACGGGUCUUUUUCCUCGUGCCAUUCUGCUUCCCCAGACGAGUUUAGCUGGACGUUGGCGAGCCACUGGGAGUCUCUACCUUAACACCAACGGGAGAUCAGCUGAGGAAACUUCUCCGUCUUUCUUGUGACUUUUUUUUUCCUCUUUUUUUUUCUCAAAAUAUCACUCAUGAUGAAUUUGUGUUUAUUUUGAGUUCAUAUCUUAACGCCGAUCAUUUAGAAUUUAUGAAUAACAAGUAAUAAUAAUGUGGUGGUGAUGACUUACAGAGUUUAUAAUAGUUUGGAAAAUGAUUUUGAGUUCCUUAUGAUUUGACAAUGAGUUGAAUUUCAAGGCCGUCUCGACGGCGUUUUGACAUUCAUAAUGAUUUGUCAAUGAGUGUGACUUUGUGCUGAUGUGCUGUGUGUUUCAGGGAGAGCUGCAGCAGAGCUCCAACUGUAAACCUCUCUGGUUUCUAACCUGCUUAUCGAGGGCUUACUGUACAUGGUGCUAUCUGUUUAAAGCCAUCUGUACAGAAAAUACCUUCCUCUUUCCCCUCCUAAUCCUUCCUCACACUGACACACAAAACUCUUAGCUUAACCCCCCUUAACUCUAUUAUACCUAAAUUAAUCAAUCAGGCAUGGCUGUACCUGCCAUAACCAUCUCGCAGUAAUGGUAACUCACCAGGAACAGGCCAUAUAUGGAGUUUCCUCCCUGCCAUAUUGGGGAUUUCUUCCCUGCCAUAAGUGGAGUUUCCUCCAGACCAUAAAUAGAGUUUAAAACAAGCAGUUUCCCAAUUAUAGUUUACCGUGAAGUCAUAAAAUUUUAGUGUAUGAGCAAAGGUGCGGUCACACCAAAAUUCAUUCCCCAUUUAAUUUUUAAUGUAUUUGCUUCUUCCCAAAGCCUGAUUUGAUUGGCUCUCCUGGGAUUUUGUUUGAUUAUUUUUUAAAAACCCACUGACAAUAAGUUGAUGGUGGUGAAUUGGUGAGUAUCGUCAUAGCUCACUCACAUCCGUCCUUUAUUAACUUCUGUCCUGGACUAAAGAAAUUCUUAGUCAUCGUAAGAUUUUGCUGUUUUAUAGACAGAUCUGUAAUUAAAAAGAAAAGAUAAUAGAUAAAAUAUAAUAUCUUAUAGAUAUUAUGACUGAUUAUGAAAUUAAAUAGGUAAAAAAAAUAAAAUAAAAUAAAAUACUUUUUUUUUUGCAUGAAAAGUUCCUCUUUUUCCUGACGAUUCACUAAUUGAUUUGUCAUUGCUGCAGCAAUGCAGGCAUGCAGGUAACUUCUGCCUUGCAAAACAACAGUGUGACUGCACCGUAAACAACAUUAGUGGACUCUUAAAGAGACAGUCCCUUCUUUCACCAUCUUACCCAGAGACAGAUUUAUCUAUAGGUCCAUGGUGUGUUUGGCCUAGCUUCACACAAAGACUGGAUGCAGGGGGAAACUGCUAACUGCUAGUCUGCUAACUUUAACAGAAGUAGAAAAAUCACCUUUAAAUUGAUUGACAUGUUGUAUCUCGUUAGUUGUCAUCAAUCUAACCAGACGAGUUUUGUUGAUCGCAGUUAUAAGUCACGCCAAGAACGAUGCUAACUGGUGCUUAAAACAUUUCUACACCUGCACAACAAAGAAACACCUAAAUAAGAUUACUGAAGUCACUAGAAGGUGUUUUUCUUCCAGUUGACUUUAACUCCAUUUCAAUGCUACAACGUCCUCUUUUAUUAACAGCUUCACACAUUAAAUUUAAACCAAUUUGACACACCUACAUAAUCUCCCUGACCGGUUACAGUCUCUCCUCUUGAAUCCCCUCUGAAGCACAAUCAACGUUCCAGUGCCUGAUUCCACGACAACAAAUCUACUGCGCUUAUCUCACUUUUUAUUCGAAGUACCUGAACGCAAGCCGAAACUACAAUCAUGAAUCCCAAAGUUGUACAAGUUCACAGUGCCCUUUAGCACAGAGGUAUAGAAUGUAUAGUCUAUGUACAGCACAUUACAGUAGACUUUAUAGUCUCUAUAAUAUAUAUUAUGGUAGAAUAAUGUAGCUAUAGUGUAAUAUAUAAAGUAUAGUAGACAAUAAAAUGUAUACAGUAAUAUUUUGGUAGACUGUAGUCUAUGAAGUUUUUAACCGUAUGUGAUAUUCAGUCUUUGUAAGCAGCCACACAUCAGAGUACUGAACUCUAAAUACACCUGUGUGAGUUAAUAAGCUAAAGACACCAAGCAGAUACGAUCUGAACUAUUGAAUCUGAAUCUGCUGAUUAAAUCUGAAUCUUUUCUGAUCCCUUAUCAAAUCUAGUUAAUUGAAGUUUUUAACCUUUUGCAAGAAAUCAAAGAAAUACAUAACUAAAAGUCCAGAUUUGUUGGUUGGGUGGUACCUAAUCUCUGUAAACAGAUAUCUGCAUACGGGACAGGUAUAAGAAGUGUUUUGGUUUCCAUUUGUAGCGCAAGUGGUUAUGACCAAUCCUGUUUGAGCUGGCUUUGGUUUUAUGCAGAUAAAGAGUCCAUGCAUUGCCUGAAACGCAACGCAAUUAGCUGUUUAUCUUAAUUUUUUUUUAAUCAAAAAUCUACUUGCAUUAAUAAGCAGAUAAACAAUCCUUCCAACUUCAUUCAUAUUUCUAAAGUCUUGGCCAAUAUAUACGUUAUCCGGAUACACCAAACUUCAGAAAAAAUAGUCUUUGUAGUCUUUUAUGUAGGAGCUGGAUCUCUCUUCCCGUUCUUUGGAGUCAGAUCAUUAAAUUUGCAAGACCACAAUCACCCCAAAAAACAACAAGCAAUGUACUGAGCCAACAACCGAUUUAUUCAUCCAAUUGUCCAACCAUAGAUUGGGUGUUAUCAAAUUACAGUUCAUAACUAAGCUACUAUUGUCUCCUACAUACUGUCUCUUCCAAGCCCAGGUUACUUUUAGAGUUGUAAUUUGAAGAGAGAGCAUGCGGCCAACAGUAGUUUGGUCACAGUAACCAUGUAAUCGAACAGGAACUGCCUUUUGGUUCAAAAGCCCAUUAUUCUUUAACCUCAUAGUUUGAGGAAUUUCCCAUAGUCCAACAGUCUGUGAUCCCAAAACCAAAAGUCUGUGCAUUCAAGACACUUGUGAAGGUUUGGUAAGGAGCAUUUUCAUUUAGUUAACACCCUUUAAAUAAUUUUUACAUCUAAUUAAACAUGCUGCUCAUCCAACACAUGCUCUAUAUCCACCUCUAAGAGAAGACUGCCCAUUGUUCCGAAACCCAAAUAGAGCAAAAUAAAUGUGGCAUCAGACCAAAAGCCCCUUUGUCCAACAGCCCAUUAUCUCGAAAAUAGAUGCCCAUUGCUCUGACGGCCCACUGCUUCAGAAAAUACCCACUCUCCUUGACGGUGGAAUGGGUCGUGGUAUGUUUUAUUCAUGAACACUGUAUUAGACGGUGUAGUUUGUUAGAUACCGGACUUCACCUCCGACAGCCUUAUACACACAGACAUCCUAGCUGACUGAAGGCCAUAAACCUUUCUUACUGCAGAGAGAGUCUAUAUUUUCGGAAUGGGCCAUUGGCUUUAGACAGAUGGGUGUUUAUUUUUUCGGGCUGUCUAACAAAUGGGCGUUCGGUCCAAUGGUCCAUUUUUCAGGCUAUUGAGUUUCUGGAAUAUUGGGCCAUUGGAAAAAUGGCAUGGCACGCAAAAGAUGCGACAAAUCGUGCGUUGAGAAGUUUUUAGUUGCUCGCCUCAGUAAACCUGCCCUACACUGCAGGAAAGAGGCGUGUUUGUCAGAUGAUUUGGAUCGAUUGUCCGACAUUCGGACAUUAGAAAAGAUGUAGAUGGAGACACUUUGACCCUGUUAACACUCCAAGUCUAAAAUACGUAGAGGUAUUUUGUUAGUCACUAGCGAGGUUAUUAAAGUUAACGAAAACUAACGAAAACGAUAAUUGGAAUUGAAAAAACAUUUUCGUUAACUGAAUUAAAAAUAAGAACUCGAGUUUAAAAAAAAACCCAACAACUAACUGAAACUGUAUUUUGUGGCUAGAAAACUAACUAAAACUAACUAAAAUUAUAGUGAAAAUGUCCUUCAUUUUCGUUUUUGUCAACUUUUUCAUACGUAAACCUUUUUUGGUUGAUAUGAAAUCUAUUUCAUCUAUCUGGUUUUAUGAUAUAAUAAACUUAUUGGGGCUGAGAUGGAUCAGACAAAGGAAAUAGAGGAAACAUUUAUUGUGACCUUUUUGAAUCUGGCACCCAACAAAUACUCCAUUACAAAAAAAAAUAAAACUAACACUAAAACUAAGCAUUUUCCCAAAAAUUAAAACUAAUUAAAACUAGCAAACUCACUCUAAAAACUCAUGAAAACUAACUGAAUCUGAAAACAAAAAAUCACAACGAAAUUAAAACUAAAACUAAUGAAAAAAACUAUUGUAACCUUGGUCACUAGUUGCUAUCUUGCCAGCAAUACGCUCGUAAACAACCCGGCAACCACCCGGCAACGAUAUGAGUCAUCAAGUUUUCUGGUUUCACUUGUACCCAAAACCACAUACAUCACUGCUCCUCCCAGUUUUUACGACCUUUAGCGGUCUGUCAUCAAAACGACACCACUCAGCCUGCACUGGUGACGUGUUUACCUGUUACGGCCUUGUUGGGACGAAACGGCGAUUACACAACAAAAUAUUUGAGGUGAAAUGCGUCUUAGACCACCUCAGCAAGUGGUUUGAGUCGUCCAAUCACAAUGCGUCCUGGACCCUGUUUACACUUGUAUUUAACGCUUUAAAAACAAGUGUCAGCAGGGUCUUUGUCUACAGUGUACUGAAGCCUUUCCUUACACACUGAAUCGGACCGUACGAAUAAAAACUAGAAGGGAAAGGUGAUCUUGCAAUGUUAACAAAAGUGGAAAAAUAAGACCUGUCUUCCUUGUCCCAUGCCCGACUCUUCCACCAACUUUCUUAAAAAUCUGGCUUGUACUGACAAACAGACAGACGGUCAGUGGAGAGAGAACCCACAGGUAAAGAGAAAGUACCUGUGUAGCUGCAUACACUGAGUGAAUAUCACAUACUGUACGUGUAGUAUAUAUUAUAAUGGACUAUAGUCUACUGUACAGAGUCAUCCACAGAAUGAGGCGUGGGCUGUCGCUUUCUCUGCAGUGUAACAAUGAUAAUCAGUAAUGGAGAGGUCAUGUGACCUCCUAACCUCUGACCUCAGGUCCCCCACCCUGUACACUAACAUAGACAUGAGGUCAUCCACUUGUUGUAGGAUUUCUCAGCCAAUCAGAAACCAGCAAAAACCUGCUGCUAAAAAGUCUCUUCAGUGACGUGGUGACGACGUGGCGUUCCUCUUUGUUCUUUGUUUUGUUCUUGAGAAUCAAAUCAGUCAAAACAGGUUGUUUGGAUUUUGAUACUUUUAUUUAACUAUUUGGAUUCUUCUUCCAAGACAAUUAAAUAAAGUUUUAACAAAAAGUCAACAGGACAUGAUCAUAUAAAACGUUGGAACAGAGAGCCACAAUGGCCGCCACUGCAUAUCUUAUAGUGUUCACCAUGGCAACGCCUCAGCUUCCUGCUGAUUGGCUGAGAAUCCUGGCUUUCUAACCUGCGUGUGAAACCUUCCUC